GGGAGAUCCAUCUCCACCAGGAACAGCAGGUUCCUCACCACGUGGUGGCACUCAUCUCCACCAGGAACCAGGAGGUUCUUCACCAUGUCGUGAGAUCCAUCUCCAUCAGGAACAGGAGGUUCUUCACCACGUGGGGAGAUCCAUCUCCACCAGGAACAGCAGGUUCUCCACCACGUGGUGGCACCUCUGCGCCAGGAGCAGCAGGUUCCUCACCACGUGGUGGCACCCAUCUCCACCAGGAACCUGGAGGUCCAUGAGGUUCUUCACCACGUGGGGAGAUCCAUCUCCACCAGGAACACCAGGAGGUCCAUGAGGUUCUCCACCACGUGGGGAGAUCCAUCUCCACCAGGAGGUUCUCCACCACGUGGUGGCACCUCUGCACCAGGAACAGGAGGUUCCUCACCACGUGUGGCACCCAUCUCCACCAGGAACAGCAGGUUCCUCACCACGUGGGGAGAUCCAUCUCCAUCAGGAACAGGAGGUCCAUGAGGUUCUUCACCACGUGGGGAGAUCCAUCUCCACCAGGAACUGGGAGGUUCAUGAGGUUCUCCACCACGUGGUGAGUUCCAUCUCCAUCAAGAACCCUGAGGUCCAUGUGGUGAGCUCCAUCUCCACCAGGAACAGGAGGUUCUUCACCACGUGGGGAGAUCCAUCUCCACCAGGAACAGGAAGUCCAUGAGGUUGUCCACCACAUGGGGAGAUCCAUCUCUACCAGGAACCUGGAGGUCCAUGAGGUUCUUCACCAUGUGGGGAGAUCCAUCUACACCAGGAACACCAGGAGGUUCUUCACCACAUAGGGAGAUCCAUCUCCACCAGGAACCUGGAGGUCCGUGAGGUUGUCCACCAUGUCGUGAGAUCCAUCUCCACCAGGAGCAGCAGGUUCCUCACCACAUGGGGAGAUCCAUCUCCACCAGGAACCAGGAGGUCCAUGAGGUUCCUCACCACGUGGGGAGAUCCAUCUCCACCAAGAAACAGGAGGUCCAUGAGGUUCCUCACCACGUGGGGAGAUCCAUCUCCACCAAGAAACAGGAGGUCCAUAUGAGGUUCUUCACCAUGUGGGGAGAUCCAUCUGCACCAGGAACCAGGAGGUCUCCAUCAUGUGGGGAGAUCCAUCUCCACCAGGAACAGGAGGUCCAUGAGGUUCUUCACCAUGUGGUGAGAUCCAUCUCCACUGAGAUCCCUGAGAUCCAUCUCCACCAAGAACCUGGAGGUCCAUGUGGUGAGCUCUAUGUCCACCAAGAACCUGGAGGUCCGUGAGGUUCUUCACCAUGUGGGGAGCUCCAUCUCCACCAAGAACCUGGAGGUUUGUGAGGUUCUGCACCACCUGGUGAGCUCCAUGUCCACCAAGAAACAGGAGAUCCAUGAGGUUCUCCAACCUCACCACGUGGUGAGUUCCAUCUACACCAAGAACCUGGAGGUCCAUGAGGUUCUCCACCACGUGGUGAGCUCCAUCUUCACUGAGAAGGUGCAGGUCCAUGAGGUUCUGGACCAUGUGGUGAGCUCCAUCUCCACCAAGAACCCUGAGGUCCGUGUGAGGAGCUCCAUCUCCACCAAGGAGCAGGAGAUCCAUGAGGUUCUCCAACUUCACCAUGCAGUGAACUCCAUCUCCACCAAGAACCUGGAGGUCCAUGAGGUUCUCCACGACAUGGUGAGCUCCAUGUCCACCAAGAACCAGGAGGUCCAUGAGGUUCUCCACCACGUGGUGAGCUCCAUCUUCAUGAAGAACCUGGAGGUCCAUGAGGUUCUCCACCACCUGGUGAGCUCCAUCUUCACUGAGAAGGUGCAGGUCCAUGAGGUUCUGGACCAUGUGGUGAGCUUCAUCUCCACCAAGAACCCUGAGGUCCAUGUGAGGAGCUCCAUCUUCACCAAGGAGCAGGAGAUCCAUGAGGUUCUCCACGACAUGGUGAGCUCCAUCUUACCAAGAACCAGGAGGUCCAUGAGGUUCUCCACCACGUGGUGAGCUCCAUGUCCACCAAGAACCAGGAGGUCCAUGAGGUUCUCCACCACGUGGUGAGCUCCAUCUCCACCAAGAACCAGGAGGUCCAUGAGGUUCUCCACCACGUGGUGAGCUCCAUCUCCACCAAGAACCAGGAGCUCCAUGAGCUUCUCCACCCUCCCCUCGUGCUGAGCUCCAUCUCCAGCAGGAGCUCCUGGACGGAGAACAUCCAGGGAUUGUCUCCAUCCAUCCCCACCCAGACAAGGAGAAGUCCUCGAGGUCCACCCCGACCUUCUGGCUGUGUCACCGCCCGGUUCCUCUCUGGGGGGUCCCGAGGAACAUCCUGGUCCUGAGGGAUCUCCAUGGGGUUGAGGAGGUCACCUGGACACCAGGGGACCUCGGUGACAAUUGUCCACCCCGGGGAGGAGACCUGGGAGGUGCCCAUGGGAGUGGUGGCCGAUUGUCCAUCCUGGAGGAGCCGGAUGUCCCCUCGUGUCCCCGUGUCCAUCCUGUCCCACCACGUCGGCACCACCAGGACCUGUCCUGGAGCCACCGGGGCUGCCCGGCCCUGUUGGAGCUGUCCCAGGACCUCCCAUCUGCUCCUGGUUCUUCUGAACCCAUCCUGGUGUCCACCAUCAGCUCCUGGAGACAUCUUGGGGUCCACCAUCCACUUCUGAACCCAUCCUGGUGUCCACCAUCAACUCCUGGAGACAUCUUGGGGUCCAUCAUCUGCUCCUGGUUCUCCUGAACCCAUCCUGGUGUCCAUCAGCUCCUGGAGACAUCUUGGGGUCCACCAUCUCUUCCUGGUCCUCUUGAACCCAUCCUGGUGUCCACCAUCAACUCCUGGAGCCAUUUUGGAGUCCACCAUCAACUCCUGGUUCCUCUGGGCCCACCCUGGUGUCCACCAUCUCCUCCUGGAGCCAUCUUGGGGUCCAUCACCUGCUCCUGGUCCUCCUGAACCCAUCCUGGUGUCCACCAUCAAAUCCUGGACCAAUCUCCUGGACCACCAUCUCCUCCUGGUCCUUCUGAAUCCAUCUUGGUGUCCACCAUCAACUCCUGGAGCCACCUUGGGGUUCAUCAUCUCCUGGUCCUCCUGGAGCCAUCUUGGUGUCCACCAUCAACUCCUGGAGACAUCUUGGGAUCCAUCAUCUCCUCCUGGUCCUCCUGGUCCCAUCUUGGUGUCCAUCCAACACUUGGACCAAUCUUGGAGAUGGGUCCAGCAUCUCCUCCUGAACCCAUCUUGGGCUCCACCAUCAACUCCUGCUUCUUCUGGGCCCAUCCUGGGGUCCAUCAUCUUCUCCUGGUGUCCAUCAUCUUCUCCAGGUCCUCCAAGACCCAACUUUGGGUCCAUCACCUCCUCCUGCUCCUGCUGGGCCCAUCCUGGUGUCCAUCAUCUUCUCCAAGUCCUUCACGUCUCUCCUUGGUGUCCAUCUCCUCCUCCUGGACCCAUCCUGGUGUCCAUCAUCUCCUCCAGGUUUCUCCUUGGUGUCCAUCUCCUCCUCCUGGACCCAUCCUGGUGUCCACCAUCUCCUCCAGGA